AGUCGAGUGUGAUGUGGAAACUUGAAACGUGCCCUGCUCAUACACUGGGAAUGAACCCUUCACUGAGCUCCCUCCUCUCCUCUCCAUUACUACUACAGCUGGUGGCUCCACAUGCGCGGCGCUGCUCCGUAGCCUUCACUGAGCACACCGGCUCCAGCCUGCAGGUAUGUCGGCCGGUGGCUCUGACGGGAAGGCGGCUGGGCCAGCAGAUCCCGCUGCAGAGGAGGAAGCUCUGAGUCAAGCCGGAUCCUCGCUGGCAGCUGUCGAGCUGCCAAGGAAACGAAAGGGAGAUGUGGAGGACAGGUCAGACCCCCACGGACGGCAGAGCCUUGACUUCCCAAUGGAUGAUGAUCUCAGCAGAUCUGAAGGAGAGGAUACUCAAAUCAAAAUGAAAUGCUUCAGGGAGCCUCACAGCCAGAUUGAGAAACGGCGGCGGGAUAAAAUGAACAACCUCAUCGACGAGCUUUCUACCAUGAUCCCCGCCUGUCAGCCCAUGGCGCGGAAACUUGACAAACUCACUGUGCUGCGAAAGGCGGUGCAACACCUGAAAGCCCUCAAAGCUGGGACGAGCAGCGCCUUUACAGACACCACCUGCAAGCCUUCCAUCCUGCCUCACGAUUACCUCAGGCACCUUAUGCUCAGUGCUGCAGAUGGUUUCCUAUUAGUUGUUAGUUGUGACCGGGCGAAAAUCCUGUUCAUCUCCGAGUCUGUGUCCAAGAUCCUCAACUUUAAACGGUUGGAGCUGACUGGGCAGAGCCUGUUUGAUUUCAUCCACCACAAAGACAUCAGUAAGGUGAAGGAGCAGCUGGCGUCAUCAGAGCCCUACCCUCGCCAACGCCUCAUCGAUGCUGCCACCGGGGUUCAGCUCCAGGCAGAUACUCCGGCCAGACCGUCCAAUCUGACCAGCGGAGCCCGGAGGUCCUUCUUCUGCCGGAUGAAGUACAGCCGGGUGGUGGGGAAGCACGAGGACAAACAUUUGCUGCCGAGUACUUCCAAAAAGAAAGACACCAGCAGAUACUGCACCCUCCACUGUACCGGAUACAUGCGCAGUUGGCCAAGCAGCCAGCAGGACUCGGAGGAAGACGGCGACAAGGAAACGUCAAACCUGACCUGCCUGGUGACCGUGUGCCGCCUCCUCUCCCACUCGUCCCGUCAGCCCCCCAAAGACGUCAAGGUCAAGCCCGCCGAGUUCGUCACCCGCUGUGCCAUCGACGGCAAGUUCACCUUCGUAGACCAACGAGCGACGACCGUCAUCGGUUAUUUGCCGCAGGAAGUUCUCGGCACCUCGUGUUACGAGUACUUCCACCAGGACGACCUGCAGCACCUCGCAGAGAAACAUAGGCAAGCACUUCGAAGCAAAGGGAAGAUCGAGACGCCGUGCUACAAGUUCAAAACAAAAUACGGCCCCUACGUUUAUCUCCAAAGUCAGUGGUUUAGUUUCACGAACCCAUGGACCAAAGAAGUUGAGUUUAUCGUGUCUUCAAACAGAGUCGUCUCGGGGCCUAAUCACACGAAAGAAAAAGAAGCAGCAAGCUCAAAAGCAAUUCAAGAGGACACAAAACAAUUACCCAUAAUUCCUGGCCUUGCCAGCAGUGUGGGGACGAUGAUAUACGCAGGCAGUAUAGGGACCCAGAUUGCAAAUGAACUCGUCGACACUUACAGGGUGAACUCUUCUCCAUCAAGCGGAGCUUCCAGUCCGUUUGGAGUGGCCCAGGAGAAAUGUCCACUGGUUUCUCCUCAAACCAACAGGAGUGUGUCCAGCAGAGACGAGGCAGCAGGCAGUUCAUCAGUGUCCCACUCCGACUCGGGGACAGGAGCCGGCGCUAGCAGUGGAACUUCUGAAAGUACAGGUGAGCCGUCCCAGCUGGACUUGGACAACAUGGUGGUGCCGGGCCUGAGCAGCUUCAGCAGCGAUGAGGCAGCCAUGGCGGUCAUUAUGAGUUUGCUGGAGACGGAUGUAAACAUGGGUCAAUCGGGGGACUUCGAGGACUUACACUGGCCUUUCUAGAAGGGGCACAGACUCCCCGCUCCCUUUUUAAACGCUCUUGUACCGCUUGCAGAGAAAUGGGACUUUCAGUCGCUCAUCUCAUGACCGACUGAUCUGGCCUUGCACAAUUGAACCCACUGAA